GACGAAACAUGCCUUCAGUCGAGAUAAUCACUCCAUCAGAUCCCGAGCAAAGAGGUUGUCAGUUAUCACUCAUUUUCUCCGUCCCUCUGACUCCAGUCCAGGAAGAGAUGCAAAAGCGAGGAGUUGUCUGCGAUAUCCGAAUGCCGAGUGUCAUGAGAGUGGCUCCCGUUCCCCUCUAUAACUCCUUCACAGACGUCCAUAAGUUUGUUAGAAUUCUAUACGAAAUAUUCCUCAGCUUUGACACCGAGAAGAGGAAGUUUGACACUCAGAUGUCUAAUGAAGAUCUUAUGACCGAAAUCCAUGGCGGAGAUUCCGACGGUCUGUCCCUGAGCUCAUCCAACAGCAGCGCCUGUCCCUCACCCACCACUGUCUCCGACUCAGAGCCCGACUUCGUUAGCGCCACAAACAGACACUUUAUUAACGAAUAGACAGACCGUGUGAUUCCCAAACCUAUCAACACAUAUGAAUAGCUCUUAUAAAUGCAUUUGAAUAACCAGUGAAUAUAAUAAUGAUAAUAAUAAUUACAGUUAUUUAUUACAGUAUUAUUAAUAUUAC